GCAAAACCCUCCGCAGCGCCGUGUCAAGGUGAAAUAUUGAAUAAAUUGUGCCCAGUGGGUCUACACAGUUCGAUAUGGCACCACUUUCUCUCACGGACAUUGUGUCUGCUCUCCCGUCGGAGGAGGAUGCUUGGGGUCCCCCAGUCCCAACUGGCAACACCCUUGACGGUGUUCCGUAUGCCCCAUUCUCAAAAGGCGACAAACUAGGCCGCAUGGCCGAUUGGGGGGCCGAUUCUAAGGAUUCCCGCGAAAGAGGAAGACAAGCAUAUAACCGGAACUAUAGAGAUCAGCAAGUCUACGGCGCAGGAACUAGCAGCCUUUUCGCAGUCCAGGUUGCCGAGGAUGAAUCUUCUUUCUCUGUUGUUGACAAUACUAGAACUUCUGUGAAGACUCGCGGCUUCGGGCGUGGUGGAGGUACCAUCUUCCGAGGCCGUGGCCAACGAAGUGGUGCUCAGCGAGGACGUGGAGGGGCGUUCCAGAGACCCGCUGGGGGUCGUGGUGGACAGGCUGGCGGUGACAGAUAUUAUGACCAGCGUGGCGGGCGUGGCAAUCGCGGUCGCCGCUUUGGCUGGAAGGACUACGAUAAGCCACAGAGAAACCGUGACAGCUCAGUCGCGAUCCGCCCAGAGUGGUCUAUGUUGGAGGAGAUUGAUUUUUCGCGACUUUCGAAGUUGAACUUGGAGACUCCCGAUGGCGAAGAUCUGGACAACUACGGUUUCCUUUACUACUAUGAUCGCUCGUACGACAAGGCUCCUGUGAAGAAUACUGAACGCAGACUGCGAGCUUUGGAGCGCGCUGCGUACAAUGUUACCACCAGCGCUGACCCCGUUAUCCAAGAGUUGGCUGAAAAGGACGAGGCCACUGUUUUCGCUACCGCCGAUAUCCUGUCCAUGCUCAUGUGCGCUUCUCGUAGCGUCUAUUCCUGGGAUAUCGUCAUCGUCAAGCACGGGAACAAGAUCUACUUCGACAAGCGUGACAACGCUUCGAUCGACUUAGUCACUGUCAACGAGAAUGCCGCAGACGCCCCUAUGGAAGCCUCGGAGGGCCAGGCCAAGCACGACUCGAUCAACACCCCGGGGGCUCUUGCUCUCGAGGCAACCAUCAUCAACCACAAUUUUGCCCUCCAGACUGUUGUGGAAUCCGACAGCGCCAAAGUAGAAUUCUCUCACCCCAACCCAUUCUACAAUCCCUCCGAGGAAACCGAACCUCUCGCCUCCAAGGGCUUCAAAUACCGCCGGUUCGACCUCUCUCUUGAAAAGGACGAGGAGCCCGUUCAGAUCAUCGUCCGUACUGAAAUCGAUGCCGUUCUGAAGAACAACAUCAGCGGAGAAGAUCAACAUGUGACUCUCAAGGCUCUCAAUGAAUUCGACCACAAAGCCCAGGGCGCUGGUGGAGCCCUGGACUGGCGCUCUAAACUGUACUCUCAGCGUGGUGCGGUAGUGGCCACCGAAAUGAAGAACAACAACGUCAAGCUCGCCCGCUGGACCACUCAGGCCAUCCUCGCCAAGUCCGACGUCAUGAAGCUUGGUUUCGUGACUCGCGCUAACCCACGCUCCGCAGCCGCACACAUUAUUCUCGGUGUCAUUGGAUAUAAGCCUCGCGAAUUCGCUUUACAGAUGAACUUGAAUAUGGCGAAUGGAUGGGGUAUCGUACGGACGAUCAUCGAUCUGGUGAACAGCCUUGAUGCCCGUGACGAAGAAGAGGGUGACGACGCCCAAGAGGACAAGAUUAAGAAGUACAUCUUGGUCAAGGAUCCCAAUAAAUCUGUUGUUCGCCUGUACAGUGUUCCUGCCAACACUUUCGAGGAGGAAGAUGACACGGGUGCAAAGGCAGAAAAGGAUGAGGAGAGUGAGGAGAAAGACGAGGAGUAAUGUUCUGUUACAUGACUGUAUGACGUCUAAUUUGAUGAACUUAGUUGAUCGAUAGAUUGGAUCCAAGUUUUACUUUUUCCCUCUCAAUAUAUUCCCGUCAGCAGGGACGGACAAAAAUACUAUCGCCCACGCUUUUCUGAUCUAUUUUGGGCUCAAGAA